AUGAUUGGGGGUGCCGGUGGUGGAGCAGGAGGACUGACGAUGGGAGCUGACCUGGAGGUCAUCCAGACUGAGUCUUUGGGAUUCCUCUCCUUAGCAGGCGAAGCAAAGAUCCAGUUGACGACAGCAUGGUCCAGCGCCCCCGCCCCAACGGCAUCGCUCAUGAGCAUUGCCCCACGAAAGGGCCUCGUUGCCGCAGCCGGUCCAGAUUCUAUAUCUCUCGCGACAACGGAAUCGGUACGAGACGCGUUGUCAGCUUCUAAGAAUGGCGACAGCGAAAUACGGCCGUUCGAACCCCAAGUCAAGAUCCCUCUACCUAUGAGGAUUUCGCAACUGGCUUUCACGGCAGACGAACAAUUCCUGAUUGUCUCCGCCGAGCAAGGUGGCGGUCUUGCCGUAUAUGACGUUAAAUCUCUGUCACAAGGCUCUUCACAGUCUGCUUUCGAGCUGUCUACUAAUGGCGAGACUCUUCGAGCACUCAUUCCAAAUCCUAUGGCCGAGAAGGCAGAACUAUGCGCGAUUGUCACCAACAACGGGAACUUAUUAAUGGCUAAUUUGAAGGAUCGAUCAAUAAUUCAGGGAGCUAAUGGCCCGGUUCUCAAGGCACAGGUCAGCUGUGCUGCUUGGAGUAGCAAGGGGAAGCAGAUUGUUGCAGGAAUGGCAGAUGGAACCAUCGCCCAGAUGACCCCUGAUGGUACGGACAAAGCAUUAAUUCCGAAACCGACGAGCUUAGGAGAUUAUCAUGUUGCCUCGGUUAGUUGGUUGGAGAACGACGUGUUUCUUGUCAUUUACAAUGAGACGAACGGCCAGCCUGGAACUUCGGUAUAUCAUAUUGUGCACCGACAUGAGCCAAAAGGCCAAGCUGCAAGCUUCGAGUUUCGAAAGCUUACUGACCCAGUGGAGCCGUUUGGCUCUGACAAAGUUCCCCAUCACUCUGUGCUACGGAUCCGGGAUUACCCUCCUAACCUCCUCGAUCUUUUGAUUGUGUCAUCGACCUCAACUGAUAGUAUCGGCCUUCUGACUCGAUCAAAGACACCUCUCGCGGGUGACAAGCCCGCUGAACAGAUCACCAAUGUCUUUACAACUACCGAGUUCGCAGAUGAUUCUAAACGUGCACAGCUUCCCAUGAGUGAGGAGAAUAUGAACGAGACCUAUCCUAUUGGUUGA